GACAUGCGCAAGUCAAACGCCGCGGCUAAGCAAUUCGAAAGUUGUUGUGCCUGGUUGAUAGAAGUUGGACCAUUCCAUUUUCAUUAGAAAAUCGCGUUUUCAGGUCUCUGACGAUGGCUUCAAGACGGGAUGACCAGCCUUCACCAAUAUCACCCGUUCUGUUCUUGAACGUGAGCGGCGAGCCCAUGCGCUUCUACCUCAGACCGAGCCCCACAAAGGUCGAGCUUCUGCCGAUCAUUAAUGCUGGGGGCGGAUUAUUGUGUCGAGCUCAGGAGUCCAACGCCAUCCUGUUAGCUGACCCCAAGGACAUGUCGCCAGCGAUGGCGUCCACGGCCCACUUCUACAUUUCAACCAAGUACAUCCGGGACUGCGUGGAGAAGAACGAGCAGCUGGAGUUGGAAGACUACAGGUUCACUGAGCACGUGCAGACCAGGUCAUCCAGACAGAAGCAGAGCGGGAGUGUGGGGCGCAUGAGCUACACGUCAGAGGAGGACUCCGCCAUUUUGAACUUUGUGUCCAAGUGCAAAGGUGAGAUCCGAGGUAACCGGGUGUGGCAGGAAAUGGAGAAGCAGGGUCUGAUUAAUCGCAGCUGGCAAUCCAUGAAGGCUCGCUAUCAGAAGAACCUGUGUGUCAUAGCUGCAGAGGAGAAGGUGGAGAGACAAACGAUCACUCCGAAAAAAUACCCUCUGCGGAGCCCGUCACACAAGCAGUCAACCUCUCCAGGUCCUCUUCCUGAUUCAGACCGGUCCACCUCCAAUGCAGAGCUAGACCCGAGGUCUGAACCAGAACCAGUGUCUGAACCAGUGUCUGAACCAGUGUCUGAACCAGAACCAGUGUCUCAACCAGUGUCUGAACCAGAACUACACCUUGAGCUAGAGGUUGUAAAAGCAGAGCCGGGUCAGUCUUCUAAGGAACAAGUUCUAGAACCAGAACCAGACCAAGCCCCUGAGCCACAAGCUUUAGAACAAGAACCGGACCAAGCCCCUGAGCGAAAACUUCUAGAACCAGACCAGUCUUCUGAACCAGAAGUUCCAGAACCUAAAACAGCCCCUGAAUCAGAGGUCCGAAAGCCAGCCUCUGACAUUCGUAAGACAUUGAUGGAGGAAGACCUCCCACCAACAGCAUCAGAAACAACAGACCUCUCCCUCUCCCCAGAGGCACUUCCCUCCUUCCAGCCAGAGGGGGCGCCAGAGAGAGUGGACAGCAGUCCUGAGGGGAAGCAGAGGGCCUCCAAGCAGCGCAGGCGAUCAGGGACGUCCUCUAGCACACCCUUGUCUAAGAGAGCCAGAGCGGCCAGUCCACCUGCUGGAGAGAACCCAGAGCUGGACGAAGCUGGACUCUCAGGAGAGAAUGCAGUCCCAUUCAUCCACAAACAGACAGAACCACAGAGGAAGAAAACACUCAAAAGAAGAAGUCUUGGGAUUCUUGAGAAGGCAUCGAGAGAGUUUGAUGACGGAUCUUCGGGUGAGUCGGAUGACGAGUCUCUAGAUAUGGAAGUAGGCAGCGCUGCGUCUCCUCCAGAAUCAGUAAGGACAGUCAACCCAGCCCCGGCCUCAGCCCCGGCCUCAGCCCCGGCCUCAGCCCCGGACUCAGCCCCGGCCUCAGCCCCAACCCCAGCCUCGGCCUCCAUCACCGAGACACACACUCCUGAUACUGAAACUGCUGCAGUGCCCCAGCCCCAGCCCCAGCCCAAAUUCAAGGGUAAGAGACCUGAGGCCCAGGGUCCCUGGCAGGCGGACCUUCCGGAGGUGCCUGUUCCUGGGCCAGGGCAGAGGGAGCCGGUCCCUUCCACCUCCACUGCACACAUGUUCCUGUUCGAUAACGAGUCUCAGGAAGUGGAAAGCUCUCAGCCAAUCAGGGAUGAGGUGGCGUUCACUCAGGUGCAGGUGGAGGAAGCGAAGCGCAGCAUCAGAUGGCUAAUGGAAGAGACCAAUCAGGACCUGGAGGCCAUUACUAAGGCUCUUAUCAUGUUCUCCGGGGACGUAUCAGCAGCCUUGAUCUACCUGAACAAUGGCACGUGGGAGGGGCCUCUCUGGGAAUACUGUGAUGACAAACUCCUCAAGUCAGCAGACCUCUCGGAACUCCAUCUUAAAUAUGGAGACAAGGCUGUGGCUAGAAGACUGGCCUAUUUGGACAUGGAGUGAAAUAGUAGCUGAUUGGCUGUUGGCAAGGGCGUUGGCGGACGGUGUGUGUCAGAAAGGCGGCGGUGGACAGCUGUUUAUUGAAUCAGUUAUUGGAAAGUUCACAUUUGAUAAUCAUUCACCCUAGCAGAGGAAGACUGUGUGUGUGUGUGUGUGUGUGUGUGUGUGUGUGUGUGUGUGUGUGUGUGUGUGUGUGAUUUUUACAAGACACCAUGUCCAAGUCCACCAAUCAGUUUUAACUUUCUGAUUACUGAUUGUUGAAUGCAUAUUGUGCUGUACCAUAUUUUGUUUACAAUAAAGUAAACAUUUUAAAGAAACUUGUAAGUUUGCGAUAAAACAAUAUGAUUACUGAUUGUUGAAUGCAUAUUGUGCUAUACCAUAUUAUGUUUACAACAAAGUAAACAUUUUAAAGAAACUUGUAAGUUCGCGAAAAAAAGAGUUAACUUUUUGUUUCUGGUUGUGUUUAUAUUUUAUUUUUACAAGAACUUUUAAUUCAAUAAAACUGUAUUUUAAGGUGCUUGAAGAUGA